AUGUCGGGCUCCGAAAUUAAUCAGGUGCUCGCUAACUCGCUGUCACCAGACGCGAACCUCCGACACGCUGCUGAGGAGCAGCUCACACAAGCGGCUUCAAACAACUUCCCACUGUACCUUGCCACCCUUGUCCAGGCCCUCGCAGAUGAGCAAGCCGAUGGUUCUAUCCGAGCCGCCGCUGGUAUCGCUCUGAAAAACGCAUUCACAGCCCGCGAUUUUGCUCGCCAGCAAGAGCUACAGGCGAAAUGGGUGCAACAAACCGAUGAGGAGACAAAAUCGAGGGUCAAGGAGUUGACACUGCAGACUCUGGCCUCGGCUAACGUCCAGGCUGGCAACGCUGCCGCCCAGGUUAUCUCCUCCAUCGCCACUAUUGAAAUUCCCCUUAACCAAUGGAAUGACCUCAUGCCCGUCCUCGUCAAGAACGUCAGCGAAGGACAACCUCACCAGAAGCAGUCCUCGCUCACCACGAUAGGAUACAUCUGCGAGAGCCAAGACAGUGCGCUGCGCCUCGCCUUGAUAGCCCACUCCAACGCUAUUUUGACCGCCGUCGUUCAGGGUGCUCGUAAGGAGGAAACCAACAACGAGGUUCGCCUGGCCGCCAUCACCGCUCUCGGCGACUCGCUCGAGUUCGUUGCCAACAACUUCAAGAAUGAGGGCGAGCGAAACUACAUCAUGCAGGUCGUUUGCGAGGCCACACAGGCCGACGACACCCGAAUCCAGCAGGGCGCUUUCGGUUGCUUGAACAGAAUCAUGGGUAUCUACUAUGAUAACAUGCGCUUCUACAUGGAGAAGGCCCUCUUUGGCCUGACCAUUCUCGGCAUGAAGAAUCCUGACGAAGAUGUUGCCAAGCUGGCCGUUGAGUUCUGGAGCACCGUGUGCGAGGAGGAAAUCGCUAUCGAAGACGAGAAUGCUUCAGUUGAGAGCUCCGACCAGAUGCGAUCGUUCUACAACUUCGCCCGUGUUGCCGCCAACGAGGUUGUUCCCGUCCUCCUGACACUCCUAACCAAGCAGGAUGAGGAUGCCACAGACGAUGAAUACAACCUUGCGAGGGCCGCCUACCAAUGCUUGCAACUCUAUUCCCAGGCCAUCACCGCCACCAUCAUCAACCCCGUGCUGCAGUUCGUUGAGGCCAACCUCAGAUCUGAGGACUGGCACAACAGGGAUGCGGCCGUCUCUGCCUUCGGCGCCAUUAUGGAAGGCCCCGAGGAAAAGGUCCUUGAGCCCAUCGUUAAGCAAGCCCUACCUAUUCUCAUCAGCAUGAUGGACGACUCGUCUCUUCAGGUCAAGGACUCUACUGCCUACACCCUUGGACGCGUGACUGAGGCUUGCUCAGAGGCCAUCGAUCCUCAGCAGCACCUGCCCACCCUCAUCGAGGCUCUGUUCAAGGGCCUCCUCAGCAGCGCCAAGAUGGCGCCAUCUUGCUGCUGGGCUCUGAUGAACCUUGCUGAGCGCUUCGCUGGCGAGUAUGGUGCACCCACCAACCCUCUGACUCCUCAUUUCAACAACGCUGUCUCCACCCUCCUCGACGUCACUGCUCGCCAGGAUGCUGAUCUUUCUGUCCGAACUGCUGCGUACGAGGUUCUGAACGUGUUCGUCCAGAGUGCUGCAGGUGAGAGCCUUCAGGCUGUUGCUGAACUCUCAAAUGUCAUCAUCAAGAGAUUAGAGGAGACCGUCCCCCUGCAGUCCCAGGUUGUCAGCGUUGAGGACAAGAUCACUCUCGAGGAGAUGCAGAACAGCUUGUGCACGGUUCUUCAGGCCAUCAUCACACGUCUCGACAAGGAAAUCGUUUCCCAGGGAGACCGUAUCAUGCAGGCCCUUCUCGGCAUUCUGAACGUGGUUGGCGGCAAGUCCAGCGUUCCAGAGGCCGUCUUUGCCACCAUCAGUGCCUUGUCUCAGGCUAUGGAGGAGGACUUCGUCAAGUACAUGGAUGCCUUCUCCAACUUCCUUUACAAUGCUCUCGCCAACCAGGAGGAACCCAGUCUCUGCUCCAUGGCUAUUGGCCUGGUCAGCGACAUCACCCGAUCCAUCGGAGAGCGCAGCCAACCUUACUGUGAUACUUUCAUGAACCACUUGCUGAACAACUUGAGGAGCUCCACUCUCAGCAAUCAGUUCAAGCCUGCCAUUCUCCAGUGUUUUGGUGAUAUUGCUGGCGCCAUCGGCGGCCACUUUGAGACUUACCUUUCAGUUGUCGCACAGGUUUUGGAGCAGGCUUCUGGUGUUACUGCUUCCCCUGAGGGUCCUUACGAAAUGUACGACUAUGUCGUUUCUCUGCGCGAGGGUAUCAUGGACGCCUGGGGUGGCAUUAUUGGUGCCAUGAAGGUCUCCUCGAAGACCCAAGCACUGCAGCCAUAUGUUCCUCUCGUCUUCAACCUCCUGCAAUUGAUUUCCAGUGACCUGAACCGCAGUGAGCCACUUAUGAGGGCUUCCAUGGGUGUCAUCGGUGACCUGGCUGAUGCCUACCCCAACGGAGAGCUCGCCGAGGCCUUCCGCCAAGAUUGGGUGACUACUCUGAUCAAGGAGACCAAGACGAACCGGGACUUCUCGUCGCGCACUAUCGAGACCGCCAGAUGGGCCCGCGAGCAAGUCAAGCGUCAGAUUGGCGGUUCCCAGAACGUCAUGGCGGCUUAA